UCUAAAAUAGGGUGUAAUUUUGGUGAUUUUAAGAGUAAACGUGUAUUUCACAUGUCUUCCUGGAGGUCUUUUAGAGAGCCAUAAACAGGCCAAAUUUUAAUCUUUAAGUCUAGAUUUGUAGAAUUUUCCUGAUGGAGUCACAUGUUAUAGAUUAUUAGUUCAGAGGCCGUUUAAAGGGUAUAAAUUUGCAGAAUUUUUCUGUUGUUACAAUUCGUAGCUCCAAAAAAAUGCUGUGAUUUUAGUUGGAUUUUAAUUUUCUUUGUAAAAUCAUUAGUGUCGAUACACUUUUCGGAUGCGUUUGGUGGGAGUGAUCCUCCGGGAGGGGCGGAGCUAUCUCCCCAAUAACAGCAGGCGCACCGAGAAAUACUUCGGAGUACUUCAAAGUACUGCGAUCCGUCCUUCGCUGCUUCAGUGUGACAGUUUGUGAGGAGCUUCCUGCGCUGUGAUUGGUCCAGACAGACGGCAGUGAUGUCAUCGGUGAAGGUGGAGAGUGUGGUGAAGACGAGCGCUCUGGUUGGUGAAGGGCCAGUGUGGGAGGAGUCAGACAAGACGCUGCUAUUCGUCGACAUCCCAGGUCGUAAGAUCCACCGCUGGAACUCAGUGACCAAUCAGAUCCAGUCUGUGGAGACAGCUGACUCGGUUGGCUUCGCGAUUCCUCGGAAGUCAGGUGGUUACAUAGCAGGUGUGGGCUGCAGCAUUGUGGCUGUUGAUUGGUCGACUAAGGUGAUGACAUCACUGGCCAGAGUUGAUGAAGACAAACGGAACACCCGCCUGAACGAUGGGAAGGUGGAUCCCAUUGGACGCCUUUGGGCAGGUACGAUGUUGGCUGAGGGCCAACCGGAAGAAAGGAAGCAGGGAUCUCUGUUCUCUGUGACCGCUGACCACACUGUGACCAAGCACCUGAGCCAGGUGGACAUCUCUAACGGGCUGGACUGGUCUCUGGACCAGAAGACGUUUUUCUACAUCGACAGUUUGGCUCUGACUGUUGACGCCUUCGACUAUGAUGCUACCACUGGAAAGAUCGGUAACCGUCGUGUGGUGUACCGGUUGGAGGAGGAGGAGGGGCUUCCUGAUGGGAUGACGCUGGACGCUGGAGGUCGACUCUGGGUGGCGUGUUAUGAUGGAGGACGGGUCCUCAACAUAGACCCUGCUACUGGUGUGCGUCUCCAGACCAUCCCCCUUCCUGCCACUAAGACCACCUCAGUCUGCUUCGGGGGUCCAGACUACACUGACCUCUACGUGACCUCAGCCAGUAUGGGCCUCGACCAAUCAGAGCUCAAGAAGCAGCCGCAGGCAGGACACACCUUCAGGGUGACAGGACUCGGGGUCAAAGGUCGACCUCCACACUUCUUCUCUGGGUGACGUCCAGGAGGCGGAGACUCGACCCGUCAUUGAUCUCCAUCCAUCCAAUCACAGCACAGAUCACCUGCACUACAGGACCAAUCAAUAACUGGAUCAAUAGCUAGAUCAAUAACUAGAUCAAUAAGUUCAUUAAUGAGGGCUUCACCUGCUGUAUGGGAAGCUAAUGAGCCAAUCAGAAACAUGGAAAAUCUGACAUGAUAGUGGACCAAUCAGUGUCUGAGAACGGUUGGAACUUGAUUCUGAAACUUUUACUGUGGAGGAUUGUGGGUAAUGUAGUGCCUCAAUUAAUAAUAAACAGUCAUGGAGGAUUGUGGGUAAUGUAGUGCCUCAAUUAAUAAUGAAGUCAUGGAGGAUUGUGGGUAAUGUAGUACCUCAAUUAAUAAUGAAGUCAUGGAGGAUUGUGGGUAAUGUAGUGCAUCACUUAAUAAUAAAGAGUCAUGGAGGAUUGUGGGUAAUGUAGUGCCUCAAUUAAUAAUGAAGUCAUGGAGGAUUGUGGGUAAUGUAGUGCAUCACUUAAUAAUAAAGAGUCAUGGAGGAUUGUGGGUAAUGUAGUGCCUCAAUUAAUAAUGAAGUCAUGGAGGAUUGUGGGUAAUGUAGUACCUCAAUUAAUAAUGAAGUCAUGGAGGAUUGUGGGUAAUGUAGUGCCUCAAUUAAUAAUGAAGUCAUGGAGGAUUGUGGGUAAUGUAGUGCCUCAAUUAAUAAUGAAGUCAUGGAGGAUUGUGGGUAAUGUAGUGCAUCACUUAAUAAUAAAGAGUCAUGGAGGAUUGUG